AGGAAAUUAAUAUCAGGCUACCCAAUCCUGAAGAUUCAGUUUUCACUUAAACAACCAGCAAGUCUUGAAGUCUCUUCCCAAGCAAAUGGGAGUUUCUUUGGACCUUGGAGCACACAGAGGAUUCUACUUUCUUUAAAACUUUGUUUUCAGGCAAUAUCCCUGAGAACCGUUUACCUCCAGAGGAUUGGUGGAGCUUGAUCUGAAGGCUGGCCAUGAAAUCUCAAGGUCAACACUGGUGUUCCAGUUCAGAUAAAAACUGUAAAGUGAGCUUUCGUGAGAAGCUUCUGAUUAUUGAUUCAAACCUGGGGGUCCAAGAUGUGGAGAACCUCAAGUUUCUCUGCAUAGGAUUGGUCCCCAACAAGAAGCUGGAGAAGUCCAGCUCAGCCUCGGAUGUUUUUGAACAUCUCUUGGCAGAGGAUCUGCUGAGUGAGGAAGACCCUUUCUUCCUGGCGGAACUCCUCUAUAUCAUACGGCAGAAGAAGCUGCUGCAGCACCUCAGCUGUACCAAAGAGGAAGUGGAGCGACUGCUGCCCACCCGACAAAGGGUCUCUCUGUUUAGAAACCUGCUCUACGAACUGUCAGAAGGCAUUGACUCAGAGAACUUAAAGGACAUGAUCUUCCUUCUGAAAGACUCGCUUCCCAAAACCGAAAUGACCUCCCUAAGUUUCCUGGCAUUUCUAGAAAAACAAGGUAAAAUAGAUGAAGAUGAUCUGACAUGCCUGGAGGACCUCUGCAAAACGGUUGUACCUAAACUUUUGAGAAACAUAGAGAAAUACAAAAGAGAGAAAGCUGCCCAGAUAGUGACACCUCCUGUAGACAAGGAAGCCGAGUCGUAUCAAGGAGAGGAAGAACUAGUUUCCCAAACAGACUUUAAGACAUUCUUGGAAGCCUUACCGCAGGAGGAGUCCUGGCAAAAUAAGCAUGCAGGGAGUAAUGGUAACAGAGCCACAAAUGGUGCACCAAGCCUGGUCUCCAGGGGGAUGCAAGGAGCAUCUGCUAACACUCUAAACUCUGAAACCAGCACAAAGAGGGCAGCUGUGUACAGGAUGAAUCGGAACCACAGAGGCCUCUGUGUCAUUAUCAACAACCACAGCUUUACCUCCCUGAAGAACAGACAAGGAACCCAUAAAGAUGCUGAGAUCCUGAGUCAUGUGUUCCAGUGGCUUGGGUUCACAGUGCGUAUACACAAUGAUGUGACAAAAGGGGAAAUGGAGAAGGUCCUGCAGGAGCAGAAGUGCAAUCCAGCCCAUGCCGACGGGGACUGCUUCGUGUUCUGUAUUCUGACCCAUGGGAAAUUUGGAGCUGUCUACUCUUCGGAUGAGGCCCUCAUUCCCAUUCGGGAGAUCAUGUCUCACUUUACAGCCCUGCAGUGCCCUAGACUGGCUGAAAAACCUAAACUCUUUUUCAUCCAGGCCUGCCAAGGUGAAGAGAUACAGCCUUCCGUAUCCAUCGAAGCAGAUGCUCUGAACCCUGAGCAGGCACCCACUUCCCUGCAGGACAGUAUUCCUGCUGAGGCUGACUUCCUACUUGGUCUGGCCACUGUCCCAGGCUAUGUAUCCUUUCGGCAUGUGGAGGAAGGCAGCUGGUAUAUUCAGUCUCUGUGUAAUCAUCUGAAGAAAUUGGUCCCAAGAUGUGAAGACAUCUUAUCCAUCCUCACUGCUGUCAACGAUGAUGUGAGUCGGCGAGUGGACAAACAGGGAACAAAGAAACAGAUGCCCCAGCCUGCUUUCACACUAAGGAAAAAACUAGUAUUCCCCGUGCCCCUGAAUGCACUUUCAUUGUAGCAGAGAGUUUUCGUUGGUUCUUAGACCUCAAACGAAUCUUUGGCUGUAUCCUCCAGCCUCCUGCCCAGCACAGGAAUCGGUGGUCUCCACCUGUCAUUCUAGAAACAGGAAACACCCUGUUUUCUGAUACAGUCAAUUCUGAUUUUCUUUUUCUUUUGACAAGUCUAAAUGUUAGAAAACUUUCUUUUUUACUUCCUUUUUUUUGGAGACAGUCUCAUUCUGUCACCCAGACUGGAGUGCAGGGGGGCAAUCAGGGCUCACUGUAGUCUCGACUUCCCGGGCUCAAGCUAUCCUCCCACCUCAGCUUCCCAAGUAGCGGGGACCACAGGUGUGUACCACCAUGCC